AUGGAAUUAUAUCAAUAUUUUAAUCAAAUCAAUGAUAGUAUAUAUAAACCAAAUGGACAAGCAUUGACAGAUUUGUUAUCAUUGAGCGAGUUGAUAGCAGUGACGAUCAACAAUCAUCCCAACAACCCAUUUGUCAAGAUAUUCAAUGCAUCACAGACAGCAAAGAACAACACCAAGAUACAACAACUCAAAAAGAUCGACCAACUCGUACGCAAGGCACACGACAUUGAUUCAACCGUACAAAACAAAUUACAACAAUCAUCACUCAACGAAUCACAGUAUCAAGCCUACUGUGAAAUCGUCUCUCAUCGUCUUCGUACCAUCACUUUGAUCUUUGAUCAAAAUUAUUCUGAAGCAUUUAAUGAAUUUUCAAAAUCAGUAGAAUCAUUUAUAAGAGUAUUUGAAUCAUGGUCAAUACCGGUAAUGUAUAAAUAUUGUUAUGAUAUUAGAAUGUUGGCAAAAUUGGCAACUAUCAAUGGAUCGGCAACAGUUGAUGCAUCUGGAAAAAAGAAUGAUUACUAUGAAGAUGCGAGUAGAUUGCUAAGUAGAUGUUUCCAAAGUGCAACAGGUGAUAGAUCUGCAGUCAUGGAACAAUCAAAAAAGCGUGCAUCACUUGGCAUCAUCAACCAACUCUUUCAAAUCUAUUUCAAACUCAACAACCUAAAGUUGUGUAAAAAUCUGAUCAAAGCCAUUGAAAGUCCUGGUUUCCCAUCACUCGAAACCUAUCCUCCUCAACAAUUAAUCACCUAUAAAUUCUUUGUUGGUAGAUUGGCUGCAUUUGAAGGAAACUUUAAAAAGGCUCAACAAGAUCUUUUAUCUGCAUUUAACAAAUGUCCUCCAAAUAUUCCAAAAAACAAAAAACUAAUAUUAUUAUAUUUAAUUCCAAUGCAAUUGGCACAAUGUAAAUUCCCAAAAAAAGGAUUAUUACAACAAUAUAAUUUACAUCAAUUUAUUGGCAUUGUCGAUGGAAUGAAAAAUGGAAACAUUAAACAAUUCAAUCAAUGUUUGGCAACCAAUCAAAAUUAUUUUAUUUCAAAAGGUCUCUAUUUGAUUUUAGAGAAAUUAAAGAUUAUUGUCUAUAGAAAUCUUUUCAAGAAAAUAUAUUUAAUUACUGUUAGUAUGAAUGCAAAUAGUAAUGCAAAAUCACGUGUACCAAUUCAAAAUUUUGUGGCAGCAUUAAAGUGGGCAGAAAAUGAAACAGUCGAUGUAGACGAGGCAGAAUGUAUCAUAUCAAAUCUUAUCUUUGAUGGGUACAUUAAAGGUUAUAUAUCACAUAAAGUUGGUCUAAUUCUAAGUCCAAAUAAUCCAUUCCCAAAACUUCCAUUGAAUUAUAUUAAGUAUUUGUCGAUUGUUAUAAAUUGUGAUGAUAUCUAUCGAUCCGUUGGAUGUGAUUUUGAAUGUUAA